AUGUUGGGAGGCUUGCACACAGAGAUGGCUCUUUGGAACGUACUUGGAGAUUUACUGGAAGGGUCUGGGUGGACAUCAGCUCUAUCAGAAGCUGAAGUAACUUCUGCCGGGACUGCACAAUCGAUGUUGAACGCGGCUCACCUUACCCGUACCAGACACGCCCACCAAGUCACACUGUUAACCUUGCGUAUCCUUCAACGCAAAGCUUUCUUAAGUUGUAUUGGCUCUGAACACGAAGAAACAGCCGAAGCUUGGAGAUUACAGAUGACAGCUAAAAGUCCAACAUUUAUGUUCUGGGACCUUAUUUUGCGAUACGAAACUCUUAUUCUCAUCUUUGUCCGGGCUCACAGGGAGAGAAACUUUCAUUUGUACGUGAACGUUUUGGAAGAACUAGCACUUCUGUUCUUUGGCUUAGACCAUGUCAAUUACGCAAGGUGGCUACCCGUUCAUAUAAGAGAUAUGAAAUCUUUGCCUCGACCAAUCAAAGAAGAGUUUGAGAUUCAGGGCAACUGGGUUAUUUCGAAAACGGCCAAUACAUUCUCUGGAAUUCCGUUCAAUCAAGCACACGAGCAAGAAAACCGCAACGUGAAAGGCUCGGGGGUUGUAUUGGUCUUACAGAAAACCCUGUUGCCUUCAGACGCUGGACGCUGUCAGGACCAGAGCUGUCAAGACUUCGAAAACAGUUCGAGAGCCAAUACUUUUCUGAUAACGAUCCAGAUAAUCCCCAAAACUUUCUGA